GCGGCGCAAGCAAUUGAAUUGAAUUGAAUGGAAGAAGAAACCGAGGAGGGCCGAUAGAUGUUGAGCAGCCUAGGCCGUGCUCUUUUUUUGUUGGUUAUUCUAGCCGCCAGCCAGCAGCAACCGUCGGGUUCGUCCAUCUAUCCCAAGGCGAGACCGCCACCUGGGCCACCGACAGGUGAGCCCCACGCCCCAUCCUCCACCCACUAUUUAGCCCACGGGGGCUCAUCGCCAUUGAUCAGCACCCGGUCCUGCAUUUCUUGGCAUCGAUCGAUCCAGAAGCAUCAAGCAAGCAUCUAGUAGUAGGCCGGAGGAGCAGAGCAAAGCAAAGCAUAGCAUCCAUGGGUUCCCGCUACGAAUACGAGGUGGAGGUGACGGUGGGUUCCGCCACCACCCUCAAGAACGUCAACUGGCGCCACGGCGACCUCAAACCCUACGCCGUGCUCUGGGUCGAUGACGGCCCCAAGUGCUCCACCCGCGUCGACCUCGACAACGGCGAGGACCCCGUCUGGGACGAGAAGCUCCUCGUCCCCGUCCCUCCGUCCGUGACCCGCCUCGAGGACGCCGUCCUCUGCAUCGACGUCGUCCACGCCAACGCCGCCGAGGGCGUCAAGCCGCUCGUCGGCUCCGCGCGCCUCCCGCUCCGCGACGUCCUCGACGACGCCGGCGUCGGGGGCAAGGUCUCGCGCAGCCUCGGGCUGAAGCGCCCCUCGGGCAGGCCGCAGGGCCGCCUCGAGGUCCGCGUCGCCGUCCGCGAGGCCGCGCGACACUACGAUGAGUCGUACCCGGCGCCGGCCUACGGAGUCGGCUCGCGCGACCCGUACUACGCGGCGGCACAGCCUCCCUACGGCAGCGGCCAGCAGCCGUACGCCGCGCCGCCGGUGGGCCACCCGGCGGCCUACGGCUGCGGUUACGGAGCCGCCGCCGCAGCUGCUGCUGCUCCACCACCACCACCGGUGGCGUACGGGGCAGGCCUAGGUGGUGGUAAUCCUGCUUAUUCUUCUGCGGCGGCGUACGGUUCUGCUGCUCCCGCGACGAAGAGCAGCAAGAUGGGGAUGGGGGCGGGGCUGGCGGUGGGCGCGGCGGCGGGGGUGCUUGGCGGGCUUGCGCUGGCGGAGGGGGCAAGCUACCUGGAGGACAAGUUCGAGGACCACGUGGCGGAGAAGGUGGAGGAGGACCUGUACGGCGGCGACGACGACGGUGGCUACGACGACGACUACUAGCGCUAGCUACAAGAAGAUCCAGCUGCGACGAGAGAGUGAAAUAACAAGUGCCCGGCCCGCAGUUACGUUGUUUGGUUGUACUGGUUCGAUAGAUGAUCAAUCCAAGCUGCUUUGCUUUGGAUUAUACUGGGGAUCGGAGGAGUAUCCAAUCUGACCUAGCUUUUGCCUUCCCUGGCCAAGAAAGAAUUACUAGCAGUAAA